AUGGCGGCGACGGGCGCGCCUGGUAGGGCAGGCGAGCUAUUAUUACGCACAUGGAAGACGGUGAUCGUUACAAGGGCUCGCCUGGUGAGGGAGCGGCGGCGGCGCGCAGGGCCGGCCGUGCGCCCGUUGCAUCACCGCGCAGACAAGCGAAAUCUCCGUGGACGAGGGCGCGAGGAAUGCGGAGCGCUGGCAGCGCUGGUGACACCAGGCGCGGCGCUCGACGUCGCUGCCGGCUGCGCUGCGUCACGUCGGCGCACGACGGCGGGCAGCGACAGAGGCAGCGAGAGGCAGCGCAAGCAGACUCGGUGCAGACAUGCGCACGCCGCGCCCGCUGCCCGCCGCCUAACUGUCGCCCUCGCCGUCGCCGCCGCCCGCCCCCAUAUAGCCGCCCGCCCGCCGAUGCUGCGACGCUCCCAGCGCGCUGAGCCCCCGCCCGGCAUGGCCAGCUCGAAGCCGCACCAGGCCACCGUCGAGGACUACUUCUCCGACGACGGCACCGGCCACCCCGCCAUUGAGCCCUUCACCCCCGAGCCGUCGCCCGGCAAGGCCAACGUGCGCACCAAGCGCUCCAACCCGGACGACCUGGGCACCGACAAGUUGCCCGCCCGGCCCAGCACCUCCGACGUCAAGAGCGACUCUGGGUAUUCGAGCCUGUCCGUCGCCGGCAUGAGUAGCGCUGAUUCGGCCGCAAGUGCUGCCUCGUCCCAGCGAAGCCCGCCCGUCGCGGCGCCGUCGCCCACGCCCACGCCCACCCAGAAGCCUGCCCGCCCGCCGCACGCCCGCCAGCCGAGCACCCAGAGCGCCCAGGGUUCGCAGGGCGCCCCGCGGCACCCGCUGUCGCGCCGGGAGUCGCACAGCUCGCGUCGCCCGACCACUGAUCGCCGGACCACCGCCCCGCCGCCGCCGCCCGCCGCGCCCAGGCGCAGAGACAGCCGCAAUGUCGACGAGUGCACCAAGCCGGGCUGCACCAAGUGCGGCCCGGACGCCGUCGACUCCCGUCCGCGCACGUCGCGCCGCCAGUCCAUGAUGCACACGUCCCAGCCCGCCGACUCGGCCCCGGACGUCUCCCACGCGCACGUCUACGACACGCGCUCGCAGGUCUCAGACCCGGCCACCUCAGCCCCGUACCAGGCCUCUUCGCCAAGGGAGGGCCGUCCGCCCGUAUACCCCUCACCGCAGGGUGGGCCUGUCAUUCAGCCUUCCAUCUCUCGCCGCCUGUCGAUGAACAACCGCCCGGCACGGCCCACCAGCUACCACGGAGACCCCAACUACAACUGGUCACCACCUUCCAUGCCUCAGCCUCACCCAGGCUCGCCAUACGAGCAUGGCCCGCCGCUCUCGAGAUCAGCAUGGGGCAACAUGCCGUACCCUCCGCAGCAAUUGAACCCCCCGCACAUGCCUCAGUAUCCAGGCCCGCCACCCGCUGCUUUCUACCAGGCGAAGCAGAUGCAGCCCUCGCGCGAACCACCGCAUCUCCAUACGCAGGGACUUGGCCAGCCACCUGGCUAUGGCUAUCCUGCUCAAUCCCCGGUCGUGCAAGUGGGACGUUCCGAUCGAAACCUGCCGUCGGCUAGAUACCAUGUCAAUCCUCCGCCCUCUCGGCCAGCCCAACGUCCGCAGCAGCGCAUCGACUACCGCGACCAAGAACAGGACGAUCUUGAGUCUGGCUCCGAGUCUGAGACCGAGUCUGACGAAGAGCCUGAGUAUCAAUACCAGAGACCCCAAAAAGGUGCACCCUCACGUCCAAGUCUUCGCCAUGCAAAGACGACUCCUGCUCCUCCUCCUCCUGAGAUCAGACGUCCGCAGACCAUCAUCAUCCCUGAGCCACGUAGCCCUCGGGUCAAUGACCGCGGCUACGACUCUCGUCCUGCACGCCGUACCUCGAUGAGUAGACCACCACUGGUCCCUUCUAUCAAGGCCAAGUCAACCUAUGAAACCCCAUAUGCCCGUACCAUCGUCGAGGGACCAAAGUCGUCUCGUCGCGAGUCUUUGCACGCCUACGACAGAACGUUCAAAGAACAUCGUGCACGACAGGAGUACAACGAGCCUGCACGGUCCAAGCGGUCUUCGAGAGUCUACGACGACGUCGUCGUUGGCCAUGAUUACGAGCGGGAUUACCGCGACGACGACGAAGAAGCCGGGCCCGUCGCCCGUAUUCCUCGCCGUCGUCGCGAUACCGACGCUGACUCUCGCCGAAGAACCCAACGUCCUGUGGAAAUCAGACAGGCAGAUGCUGAGGAGUACAUCAAUGCAAGGCGUGGUGAACGCGAGACACUGGCAGAUCAGAGCUAUGAGAUCGCCAAGAUAAGGUCACGGGCGUCUGGAGGACCGUCUGAGGCCGAGUCUUCCCGCAGCAGGGGUAGUGACAAUAACGGCGAGAUUCGCCUUCGAAUCGACAACAACGCCCCUGUCACUCUAAGCCUGAACGGGGACAUGGAGGGGCGCACUCUACAGCUUGUGCCAAUUGAAAAUGGGAUGAACGAAUUAGUCAUCAGCGGCAACAAUCGCGGCGAGACCGCUUAUCGCGGCGAAAGCACCCGUCGAAGCGAGAGAAGCAACAGCGUUCGCGGCGACAAAAGGGCUCUCAUGAUUCCUAGUCAGGCACGACGGGACGCCGAAGAGAUGACAGAACGGAGCUCGCACAGCAGCCGCAGGAGGCGAGACACAAGGGGCGAACAGGACGAACCGCGACGACUUCUCCACCGGACGGCGCGCAGGGGAGAGCGAAGAGAGCCCGAAUACCGUUACUGA